AUGACAAGAAAGAAGCCCAAGCCCAAGCCCGACUCUCCCCCUGCGCAGCCUACGACUCAAUCUGCUGAAGGCGAAUCCGCACUUGGUGCUGCGAAACAAGAGACACCGAGUCCAGGUUCACAACCGCCUCCAGUAUCCCUGAAGUUAGUACAGGAUAGAGGACGGCGCACAACAGACUUGACGGCGCCGUCCGCCUUGGUCAUCUGUCGCAACAAACACUGGAAACAUAUAUCUUCCUAUCACGGACCAUGGCUCGGUUUUCCAAUCGAAGUCCUCGAGAGCCUUGCUUAUAGCAACUACGCCUGCCCCCGUCCCCAACCAAUCCACCCUGCCGUGCUCUUUGACCUGGUCAAGAUCAGAAGACUCAUCGACGAGGCAACCAGUCUCGCCGUCCGUGCUGCAAAUGGCACUAGUACCUCGGACCUGCAGACGUCGUUGCAAUCCAGCAAGGGGAUGUUUUAUGGAAACGAUGCAGAGAUGCUGGGCCUAUCGUCCCCAAGAGGGCUGGGACACACGAAGUUGAGUCGGGAACGGAGGCACCGAAUGCGGGACCAUGCAACACAGAAGCUAUACCAAGCUUACUCGUUCGAUGAAAUCGCCGCAAGCGUCGUCAUGAUGCAGUCGGCGUCAGCCUUGGAAGGCGUUGCAAAACUCGUCCUGGAGCGUGAGGAACACAAUCCAUACGCUCAAUAUGUCCACUUCUUCCACGAAAAGAUCCCGUGUAUGGGCCUGGUUGAACAUACUUCACUGGACUCUUUGACCGAUGUGAUCAGUCAAAAGCCUACAGACUCGUCGCCGUACAGAACGAGGGCAGUCACCCGGAUGUUCAUGGACGAUUUGGAGGGAGUCGUGCGAGAUUGCACCGAUGGACUUACCGUGAACAACAUAUACCAUUCAAAACACAAGAAAAACCAACAAGACCUGGUUCUGCCAAAAGAAGCUGCAGCGCUCGGCCAGGAAUUUCAGCCAAAGGGCCGUGUAGCUGACGAUGAUCAACCUAGCAGCAUGGAGCUCCAGCUGUUGUGUCUUCGAGGUACAGCAUAUCUAACUCUUGCGUGUAAACAUAUCAGGCGAGCUCUGCACGGACUUGCCAAAAGUCGGGCUCAACAAGCAGAUGACGGCAUGAAUCCGGCCGCACUGGACAGUAAGGAGGACAAACAAUGUGCAGAGGCACGGAAGUUGGUCCGCACCUAUGCCAAAAGAGCGCUUCGUGAUUAUCUCUCGUAUCUGUCGCAUUUCGAGUAUACCCCAGGAUAUCCCUUGGAGUACACGGCGCACUUCCUUGACGGAUUCUCUGAGAACGUGACCGGUCCAGCAGCUGGACAUCGUUCCCGUGGUGAGAGAUUACUUGAUGUUGACUCGCACACGCGGACAGGAAUGUCAGACACAUUGGUCAGGUAUGAAGGCAUGAAGGAUCGGCUGAAGAAGAUGGGACGUCGCCCGAUGCCCACGCCCCCUAUUUACAAGUUGAACGAGUUGUUUGCAGCUGUGCCUCCUGCAGAUGUACCGGCUUACGCUCCCGAAAGAGAUAAGGAAAUCGAUCCACAUCACCCCGUUUUCUCUCUGCCAGACUUUGCUGAGGCUGUCAGCUUCCAUCCGCUCAUGAUGGAAGUUCUCCACUGUCUGCUGCUUUGUCACUGUCUCAUUCAAACAUCGACCAAGGAGAUUCAGCGACAUGCUUAUAUGGUUGCACGCAUCGCGCGUGUCUGCGAUGGGUAUCCUGUCUUUCUUACACCUCGAUCUCUGGCUCGGGCAGAUUGGAUUGAAAUCCUAACCCGCACCGACAAUUGGAUUGGGCUGGCGGAUUCUUGGAGGAAUUUGUGUACACCACUAUAUCUUGCCACGUAUCUCAAAAGUUCGGCACCAAAAGACAGGGAUGAAACAUCCGAAGAAAAUAGGUUACGAAUAAGGCACACAGCCCUUAUGCAAGCAUUUGCUGACGAGGGAAUUUUGGAGGAAGAACUCGUCAAGGCCGAACACAAAGCUCGAAAACCGAGAGCUGCGUACAAAGGCGAAGAAACGGCGGGGAAGGAGCUCAACCGCACAAACAUGAUGGACUGCAACGAAUCCGGCGGGGUUGGCAAUCAACAAAGUCCCUCUAAGGCAGCAGAAGAAUGGCCCGCGGAGGGCGAGGGCGAAUGCCCCCCAAGCAGCACCGAACGGGCGGACGCUAUCGUUCAAUGGAUCCUUGAGGCACCUCGUCCGAGCGCAAGCAAUGGCACUGGUCGGUCGAAAAAGAAGCCUGGGGUUAAAGGGAAAUCAAGAGAAAUGAGCGGCACUGCUUCAAAUCUAAGAGAGACUGAAAUGACGGCAGUGGAGCAGAACGUCAAGAGCUUGGAUCUGGUUGAGUGA